AUGGAGAAAUCAGAGAUGACCCCAGUUCAUAACAAGCUGGUGUUUUCAUCGUUAUUUCUCUUCGUUAUUUGCUUCGCGGGACUGAUUCACGUCGAGAUCGAGCUUUACGCUCAUCGACAAAUGCUUCAAGGCUUGAGUCAACCAAAAGAAGAGAAAGUCGAGCUGAAGAACACAGCAAACGACGAAAAAACGAAUGAGAUGAUCAUGUUAUUCCCUUACUCGCAUAAAGGUUAGUUUAUGCGCAAAACACUUAGAACGGUAGGACGACCUUAAACUAGAAUUAGUUUAUGCAGAUCCUGAGUAACGUUAAAAAGUUGAAAAGUCUAUCUUUAAUUUAGAAAGUUUUCAUUUAAAAUUUGUUUAAACGUUCGUCUCUUCGUUUUUUCGUGAAUACCUUUAUAUCUUAAAGCAAAUGGCUGUCGACCCGAGCAGUUUUUGUUUUGUUUUUUUAACCUUCAUUUCAAAUCCAAAGCGUAACUGUAAACGAGGAUGUUUUAGCACUGCAAGCAAAACAGAAUGACACUCUGUUAAGAUAGAAACUGAGACUUUUAGCAUUAACGACAGGAAAAAAAAUUCUCUAGUGUUCACAUUUUGUUUCCUUUCAGCUGUCAUAGCGAAUCAGAUCAAUACUUAAAAUGGAGGGGCUUCUUUUACAGUGUAAAAAUUCUUUAGGUCAACCUCAACACAUCAAUCAAUUGUCAAAGAAUCACGUGCCUUUCUACUCAAAUGACGAUUUGUUUGGCUCUAUUUCCUGUCGUUUCAGUUCGAUUUCAAACAUAACAUUUCGUGUGCAAAAGCUGUUUUACGAAUAAAAGCUGUCAUUUACCCUUUAAUGGGUACUUUUAUUGAAGAACUACCAAAAAAUUGUAAUAGAUUUCGCUCGAGCGGCCGGGAAAACUAAUUCUUGACGUAAUUCAAAACGAGAAUACAAUAAAGGAAGGCUUCAGGGUAGAAUUCAUUCGCUGGCGAUUACAGCUUUGAAGCAGUUAAAAAUACUUUGGACAAAACGUUUUUUAAAACAAUUUUAAGUGAGAAGAUAGAUUAAACCGUAAGAGACAGGGAAAAGAGUCGAGCAUCACAACUCAAAUCGAAUUAUCGCCGUUAUUGCAACUAAUCUCUGGUUUCGACCCAAUUUCUGUCGUUUUGUCUAGUUCACUUAUUUUCCAGACAGCUGCUGGAAAUCGAGCAAGCUUGAAAAAGUCAUCUUCGAGUUCGAAAUGGCCUCGCUUUCAAAAUGAAGCUAUGUUCAUGGUAUUAAAUAUCCAUUUCCGUAAGAGAGGCUCCGCACUUGGCCUCUUUUUAAAAGAGACUCUGGGUAUUUUGGAAGUGUCCUAAUAAGCUGAGCUGAACAUCGCCGAACUUAUUCUGUGAAGUUUCUUGCAGAACAAAAAUUUCGUUACAAACGGCGCGUGAAAAAUACAGAAAGGAGAUUUAACGGCAGUAUGACCAUCGAUCGUGAAGCGAUCAGAAAAGAAGUACGACUUGGUAUCAAGAGCCAAGCCUGUAGUGUUCAUUGCCUAAAGAGCAUCAGGGGAACACGAGGCAGACCUGCUGGUCAAAGAGGCCCCCCAGGUAAACAUGGACCACCUGGGCCACAGGGCGUAAAGGGACUUCAAGGAAAUCAGGGCCCUCAGGGCAUCCAAGGACCUCCCGGACCUAUGGGUCCUCCCGGAGCUAAGGGCGAGCCUGGUAAAUCAAUCUCAGCUCCCUCAAUUGUGACACCUCAAUUGUGGCCUGGUCAUCAAUGACGUCACGUUAAAAGAUGAUGGAACCUACACCUGUGAAGCGCGGAAUAUUCUUGGAGUUAUGACGUCAUUGGCUAGUUUGACUGUUCAAGGUAAGAAAUAAAACAUUCAUACCCGACUCACAAAAAUCCAUCACGAAGUAUAUUUUUUUGUACUGUUCCGAUAUAAAUUGAUAUAGAACAUAAAUCAUAUUUUUGCGCUUUGAUGGAACAAGGCGACUUUAAGGGGAAGAAACAAAAUAUUUAAUUCUCAAGUUUUCCCUUUCGGAUUUAAAUCAACCCCGAGGAAAAAAAUUCUGAUUAUAUCAUUAUACCGAGGGGACACUUAGGAAGUUUGCUCACCUUUUUUUACCUCUCGGAUUUUUAUUCAGUUGGUGCAUCAAUCAUUCAAAAACCCUCAUCUGUCGUCGUUGAAGAAGGACACAAAGUAAGUCUAGUCUGCCAAGCUACUGGUCAGCCGACACCAACAGUCACGUGGCGAAAAGCAGUCGGUCACAUGUCCAACGAAAGACCAAGAGUUCUUAAUGGCAGAUUGGAAAUAGCCAAUGUGACUAAAACAGACGGUGGAGACUACAUAUGUUCGGCAAAGAACAUUAUUAACGAGGACUCGGCCCGUACACUAGUCAUGGUGUUUGAACGACUCAAGUUUACAUUACUCCCUCCCCACAAACGUUCAGCCAUAUCUUUCGAAGAUGUGUUACUCACUUGCAGAGCGCAAGGAGCAAGAGAAGUCGUGUGGCAGCGGACAGGCCAAGGUCUGCCCUCAGGUCAUAUCCUUUAUUCAAAUGGCUCUCUACUUUUAAAAAAUGUUGUUCGCCACGAUUCUGGAUCCUACACUUGCAUCGCGAGAAACUUUCAUCGCUCUGUUACUGCAACUACUGUUCUUGAAUUUCGAAAACCAACCUCUUGUAGUGAAAUAAAAAGACAUAAUGGAGGAACAUCCUCAGGUACCUAUAUGAUUGACCCUGAUGGCAAAGGAGGCGUAACACCCUUCAAUGUGUACUGUGACAUGAGUGACGAAGGCGGAGUUGGCGUGACGGUCAUCAGUCAUGACAGUGAGAAAAGGACUCAUGUUGGGAAUAUUCCUGGAUGUUAUUAUGGGGGAUGUUACAGAAAAGAUGCGCGAUACACUGGAGUCAGCACCGUUCAGGUGGCAGCACUCACUCGAAUCUCACAGAACUGUGAACAGUUUAUCAAGUUUGAGUGCAACAAUGACGUAGGUUUUAUCCAGGACAAUUACGCUUGGUGGGUGUCACGUGAUGGAGCACAGAUGAAGUACUGGGGAGGAGCAACAGGCUCUGAUAAGAUGUGCGCAUGUGGAGCAACAAAUUCUUGUUCUAAUGGCAAAAAGUGUAAUUGUUACAACGGUCGCAGUGACAGUGGCUGGAAAGAAGACAGCGGUCUGUUGACAGACAAGUCUGUUCUCCCCGUCACCCAGAUCAGACUCGGAGACUUAAAUGAUUCUAAUGAAGAAGGAUAUCAUAUAUUAGGAAAACUCAAGUGUUAUAGUGUGGCAUAA